CUGAGCCCGGCCGGGCCGAGCGCAGCGCAGCGGGCCGGGGAGAGGCUGGCGCGCCCGCGGCCCCGCGAAUCCUCUGGCAUCCGCCCCGGCGGGCCGCCCCGGCGCGGGUGAAGCAUGGAGCUGCGUGUGGGAAAUAAGUACCGCCUGGGCCGGAAGAUCGGCAGUGGGUCCUUCGGAGACAUCUACUUGGGUGCCAACAUUGCCUCUGGUGAGGAAGUAGCCAUCAAGCUGGAAUGUGUGAAAACGAAGCACCCACAGCUCCACAUUGAGAGCAAGUUCUACAAGAUGAUGCAGGGAGGAGUGGGGAUCCCGUCCAUCAAGUGGUGCGGGGCUGAGGGAGACUACAAUGUGAUGGUCAUGGAGCUGCUGGGGCCCAGCCUGGAGGACCUUUUCAACUUCUGUUCCCGAAAGUUCAGCCUCAAGACGGUGCUGCUGCUGGCCGACCAGAUGAUCAGCCGCAUCGAGUACAUCCACUCCAAGAACUUCAUCCACCGGGAUGUGAAGCCUGACAACUUUCUCAUGGGCCUGGGGAAGAAAGGCAACCUGGUCUACAUCAUUGACUUCGGCCUGGCCAAGAAGUACCGCGAUGCCCGCACCCACCAGCAUAUCCCCUACCGGGAAAACAAGAACCUGACUGGCACUGCCCGCUAUGCCUCCAUCAACACCCACCUGGGCAUCGAGCAAAGCCGUCGAGAUGACCUGGAGAGCUUGGGCUACGUGCUCAUGUACUUCAACCUGGGCUCCCUGCCCUGGCAGGGUCUCAAAGCAGCCACCAAGCGUCAGAAGUAUGAGCGUAUCAGUGAGAAGAAGAUGUCAACGCCCAUUGAGGUCCUCUGCAAAGGCUACCCCUCCGAGUUCUCGACAUACCUCAACUUCUGCCGCUCGCUGCGGUUCGAUGACAAACCCGACUACUCCUACCUGCGCCAGCUCUUCCGCAACCUCUUCCACCGGCAGGGCUUCUCCUACGACUACGUCUUCGACUGGAACAUGCUCAAAUUCGGUGCAGCCCGGAAUCCCGAGGACGUAGACCGGGAGCGGCGAGAACACGAACGGGAAGAGAGGAUGGGGGCAGUUGCGGGGGGUCCGCGACCAGAGCCCUGCCCCCUGGCCCCCCCUACGGGGACCACCGCCAACCGGCUCCGGAGUGCAGCCGAGCCUGUGGCUUCCACCCCAGCCUCUCGCAUCCAACAAGCUGGCAAUACUUCUCCCAGAGCGAUCUCACGGGCCGACCGGGAGAGGAAGGUGAGCAUGAGACUCCACAGAGGUGCGCCUGCCAACGUCUCGUCCUCAGACCUCACUGGGCGGCAAGAGGUCUCCCGGAUUUCAGCCUCACAGACAAGCGUGCCAUUUGACCACCUCGGGAAAUGAGGGGAGCCACACGGACCAGUGUUU